AUGGUGUUUGGCGGCAAGGAGCACAGGAUGCACAACCAGACCCCGCCCAGCCGCAGGAGACCAGGAUCACUGCGCACUUCCCACGGCGCUGGCGUCCACGAUGAAACAGAAGUGGUCCCACACGUUCGGGUUCUGGACCACAGGGCUACCAAAGACCGUUUAAUUGUGUCUGUAUCGGGAAUGGCGCCGUCCAACCCUCGAUCUCCAAUUCUCCAUACGCGUCGGGCGGCGGAUGGCCGGAUCGCCGAUUUAGUCGCCUCGACGAGGACGCUAGAAGAAGGAACAUCAUGGAAGGAAAUGGUUGCCCGAUUGACUGGCUUCCUUCUGGUUGAGAACCGUGCUGAGAGUAAUGACUCGAGUGCAGGGAACGAGGAAGACCAUUCAGUGAGAAAAUGA